CCUGCAGGGCAGACAGAAAGUCAAAGUCCAUAGUUCUAUAGUAGAUUACCUUAUCCAAUAAGAGUUGUGUAAAUACAAUGAUCGUCUCGAUCGUCAGAUUUUGUACAGUCUGUUUAUUAAUGUAUGGAUGCACUUUGGGGACUUUGGUCUGUUCAGUGAAACAAAUAAAAGUCGGGAUGAAUCCCGGGGUUGAAUAUAUACAGUGCACAUGAACAGGUGACCGUGAAUGCAUCAAGGCACUUGACCCACGUGUAUUCGCAUUCGCACAGAAGGUAGUCAACACCAUUGUCAAGUUCGAAUUCUUCGAGCUCGAUCGUUCUCCUCUGUAAGAGAGAAAGAAAAAUGGCCGCCCAGCAGCAGAAGCCGAGGUUGUAUUACUUCAACGGGAGAGGCAAGGGAGAGAUGACAAGGCUGACCUGUGCUGCUGCAGGUAUAGAGUUCGAUGAAACCAACCUCAGAACAAGAGAGCCAUUCCUCCAGAUGAUAAAAGAUGGCAAGCUGCUAUUCGGGCAACUGCCACUGUUGGAAAUGGACGGUAUGAAACUUGUCGGGAGCGACUCCAUUGUAAGACACCUGGGAAGGAAAGCUAAACUCUACGGCGACAGCGAUGCGGAUAGAGCACGAAUCGACAUCCUUGUAAUGGGGGGCAAAGACUUUUUCGAUGCUGCCCUUGGGGGUUACCUUUUUUCACCGAACCCAGAAGAAACAAUUGAAACGAAAGUCUUACCGUCGGCCAACAACAAAUACCUCCCAGCCUUCGAAAAGACUCUCGCAGAAAGUAGUUCCGGUUUUCUGGUUGGAUCACGUCUUUCUAUCGCAGACAUCGUUCUGUUCGAUUCCUUGACUCACAUCACCGACUCACCCUACCCAAAACUUUCCUCAGUGCUCCAAGGGUAUCCCAAAUGCGCGGCAUUUGUUAAAUUCAUCGCUGACCAGCCGGGUAUCAAGGAGUACCUCGCUAGCCCUAAAAGAAAUCCGGUGCCCACCGCCGAGUACAUCAACGAUGUCAAGACGACCCUCGGCUGGUGAUUGUCCACUGCCACUCGACCACAGUCAGUGUCCAAGAAGAAUGAGGAGGGGGGGGGGGGGGUCGGUCUCAUGACCAAAA